GGAGGAGAUGUUAUCUCGAAGGACGAAGAACAACCGUCUACACCGACCACUGCAGCCUGAAAUACUUGAAGACACAACCCAACCUUUCCAGGAGGCAGGUCCGGUGGAUCGACUUCCUCGAGACACACUUCCACUACGACAUCGUGUACAAGCCCGGUCACAAGAACAAAGCAGACGCUCUCAGCCGGCCUGCACACGUUGCCGCUAUUUAGAAAAGCGACAUCUGCUACAGUGGGACAGUGACAUCGCGUACCGGAAAGGAUCAACGAAAAUCUGGGUACCCAAUUACCCUCCUUGGCGCCAGUUACUACUCAAAGAAUACCACGACGUCCUCUACGCUGGACACUUCGGUAGCAACAAAACACUCACCGGUAUCGCCAAACACUACUACUGGCCCCACUUAGCAGAAGAUGUCCGGAAAUUCGUCACCUCGUGUGAUACAUGUCAGCGGAUGAAGAGUACCAAGCAGAAAAAGGCGGGACUACUGCAGCCUCUUCCUGUCCCAGAACAACCAUGGCAAGUGGUUAGCCUGGACUUCAUCACCGGGUUACCACCUACCUCCAGCGGUCAUGACGCCAUCCUUGUCGUCAUCGACAAAUUCUCCAAAAUGGGACACUUCAUCCCGACACACACGACAGCACGCGCCGAAGAAACAGCGCAACUCUUCGUUCGAUACAUCAUCUCACAGCAUGGCAUUCCAACCACACUCAUCUCCGACCGAGACCCUAAGUUCACCAGCAAGUUCUGGAAGGAACUUAUGUCUCUCCUCGGGACCAAACUCGCCAUGUCAUCUGCUUACCAUCCGCAGACAGACGGACAGACCGAGCGCCUCAACCAAAUUGUUGAGCAACUCCUCCGAGCAGCCUGCAAGGACGACAUCUCCAAAUGGGACUUGCACCUGCCCAUACUAGAGUUUGCUUACAACAAUGCUACACAUGCCGCGACUGGACAGACGCCGUUCUUCCUCUGCUACGGACGCCAUCCACUCACACCACAAAAACCGACAGCAUUAGCUACAGUCCAACCCGCACAUGAUUUCAUCACAACCAUGCAUCAGCUUUGGGAUCGGACCCACAAGCGCCUACUCGACAUUCAACAGCAACAGAAGCGCCAGGCCGAUCGCCGUCGCAACGACCACACCAUCACGGUGGGAGACCAAGUGCUUCUUGACACCCGCAACCUGGACAGCAGCCACCUCCCAUCUAAACUUCGACCUCGCUUCUGCGGGCCUUUUCUCGUUGAAGCACAGGUCACUCCUGUUACCUUCCGCUUACACCUGCCAGCUACCUGGAAGAUUCACAACGCCUUCCACGUCCAACUUCUGAAGCCCUAUCGGGACCCGAACACGAUUUUCGUCGGACGCCAACCGCCGCCGCCACCGCCCGUCCUCGUCCAGAAUGAACCCGAGUACGAGGUCGAGUCCGUGCUCGCACACCGCCGUCGUCGGAAUGGCACCGUGGAGCUUCUCAUCCGUUGGAAGGGUUAUGAUCCUUCUGAGGACAGCUGGGUACCUGAGUCCGACAUGGGUAACGCCCGUCGUCCUCUGCAUGACUACCUUGUCAAGCAGGGUGUUACUUCUACCACCCAGCUUUGAGGGGGGGAAGUGUGAGAGAACGACC